GCCGGCUCCUUCAUAAAAUACUCCGUGUAGUUAUCAAAUUCAAUUCAUUGAUUGACUGAUCAAAAGCCAUGCAAUUGUCUUCCUGAAUCAAACAACUUCUGGGUUAAAAUAAAUCCAUAAAGAUGCUCAAUCAGCUAAGGAGGGAUGAUGACAUUUUUGCCGAAAUGAACAUUGAUGUAGUGGAGGCAUGUGCAGUUCACGUCCCAUUGAUAUUGUCUCCUAUGCUAAUAUGUAGCAAAGAUCCUCAUGGCGGUUCAAUAAGUGGUAGACGACAUAUAAAUCGUGAUAGGAAAGAACGUCAUGAUCUAAUUGUCAAUGAUUAUUUCAAUGGUGAGAACUCAAAGUAUACACCUGAGAAAUUUCGUCGACGAUUUCGGAUGGACAUCAAAUUAUUCCAACGAAUUUUGAGAGCAAUUGAGGCCUAUGAUGAUUAUUUUACACAAAAGGUUGACGCGAUUGGAAAACCCGGGCUUAGUCCUUUACAAAAAGUCAUAGCUUCAAUACGUAUGUUAGCAUACGGUUGUGCAGCGGAUAUUCUUGACGAGUAUGUCCAGAUUGGAGAGAGCACGGCAAUUGAAAGCUUGAAACGAUUCUGCGAUGCUAUUAUUGGCAUUUUUGAAAAGCAAUAUUUACGAAAACCGAACAAAGAUGAUGUUGCAAGACUUUUGAAAGAGGGAGAAGACCGUGGAUUUCCAGGCCCGGUAAACAGGCUUCAGGCCAGGCCAGGCUUUUGAACAGGCCAGGCCCAGGCCGAAAAAACAGGCCUUUAACAGGUAACAGGCCAGGCUCAGGCCUAUAUAUUCUAAAACAGGCCCGGCCUGUUUAGGCGAAAGCCUGGCCUGGCCUGGCCUGUUUCCACCCCUAUCUGUGAGAAAAGAUGUAGAACGAGCAUUCGGAGUACUGCAAAGUCGGUGGCAUAUUAUCAAAGGUCCAGCACGUAUGUGGAACCCAAGGGAUUUGGGAAAGAUUAUGAAAACAUGUAUCAUUUUACAUAACAUGAUUGUUGAAAGUGAGAACAGUCAAGGCAUUGAUCCUCAAAGUUGGCAAUCUGAGGGAGAAGAUACAAGUGACAAUGUUGUUCCGGAUCAUGAUUUUACCUUCCUAUUUUCAAGGAUGAACACUCGAUUGAAGGAGAUACAAAAUAAAAGAUUGCAUCGAGAGUUAAAGACUGAUCUCAUAAAUCAUUUGUGGGAGCUACAUGGUGGCCAACAUGUUGAUUAAGCUUUUAUUAAAAUGACUUCAUAUAUCUUAUUUGAACUACUCAGGAAAUUUAUUUAUAUUUCUUUGUUUUGUAAUACUACGUUCGAGCAUUUAAUUUA